AUGGCUAACAAGGUCGACCGCAUCGUCGCCCGGCUGCAGAGCAAGAUCACGGAAGGCGACUACUACGAAGCCCAGCAGCAGACCCGCGUCGCCGCCUCCCGCUAUAUCAAGACCUCCAACUGGCCUGCCGCAAUCGACAUACUCGCCAGUGUCGCCCAGCCGCUGCUCCGCGCCGGACAGGGCGGUAGCGGCGGCGACCUCUGCAUCAUGCUCGUCGACGUCUACCGCCAGGCCGAGCUCAAGCCCGACGCCGCCGCCAAGGGCCGGCUGCUGACCUGUCUACGCCUGUUUGACUCCGAGGAACCUACGCGCAAGAAGUUUAUUGGGGAGAUGAUUGGCUGGUCUGCCAAGUUUGGCGAGUUCCCGGCUGGUGACUCGGAGCUGCACCACGUUGCGGGAUCGCUUUACGCUGAAGAGCACGACACAUACGAGGCGGAAAAGCACCUGAUAUUGGGAACCAAGGACUCUCCCGAGGUCUUGACCAAGAUGGAAUACAAGUGGUACAAAGAGGGCGAGCCGCACCAGGCUGGCUUGUUCGCCGGCCGUGCCGUCCUGCCCUACCUGCUCAUCGGCAACGUCCGCGCCGCCAACACAUGCUACCGCCUCUUCACUAGCACGCUGAGUACCGAGAACCCCAACUUGGGCGUCCAGGACGUCUCGGGCAUCAGCGGCGACAUCCGCGUCUUCCCUAGCCUUCCGCUCCUCAACUUCCUCGGCUUCCUGCUCAUGGCCGUCCAACGCUCAGCCCCCGAGCUGUUCAAGGGCCUCAUCUCCAAGUACGCAACCCAGAUCAAUGAGGCCGAGUCGUGGGCGGAUGCGCUCCAGAUGAUCGGCGAGAUGUACUUUGGGAUUACCCAACCCCGUAAGAGCAAUCCCUUGAUGGACAUGAUGAGCGGACUGUUCAGUGGAGGCGCCCCUGGCGGUGCGCCUCAGCAGCAGCAGCGGAGACCGGCUGCGCGGGGUAUUGAUGCCCCGGCGCCAGAGGGACUGGAUUAA